UUCUUUGGACUUCUUGUCGAUUUAGAUCGCCUUAGGUUGGAUAACUCGUGUGACGGAAACUAUCUCGACUCGAAUUCUUUUCGCUCUCGAAUCCUCUCAUCCCUACAAUAGCGCGCGAAACCCCAACUUCGGACUAAGCUUGUCGCAUCGGCGACGAUUAACCUCAUAGUCACAAGCACACAGAAAUAAAUCAGAUGCAUGAGGUGUUCUAGGUGAUCGGUUGGAGAUUUUGGUAUCGUCGUUGGUAGCAGUCCCGCUAUGGAAGCGGGUGAAUCUGGCACUAGGUCAAGGUCCGUUAUUAUUAGGAACUACCCGUUCUAGUGCGCUCGGCGCCAUCCAUCUCAUCGAACUUAAGUUGAUCAGUGUCUUUCUCUUAGUGGUUUUACCUCAAGCAGACUCGAUACGUAUAGCCAGCGUCUUCCAGAAAUUUCAGAGCGGCAUAAUCGCGACGCGCCUACGAUGGCUGCUACGGCUUUGAUGAAUCCUGCUCCGGCAUAUCAUCCUCAUAAACCACCAUAUCCAACUGCUUACCAUCAGCCACCGCCAUCGAUGCCUAGCAUGAUUUCACCUGGUGAGAGUAGGAGGACGCCUAAUGAGGAACCUUCCCAACGGCAGUCCCUUCCUUCUCUAUCAGAGGUUUUCCCAGGGGCCAAACCAAGUCAUUAUUCACCGACUACUCCUACGUCGCUAGGUGGUUCUCAUAGCUUACCUCCACCAUUAAGAUCCGAGCCGCCGCCCGAAUCACGACCGCCACCACCUUCACAUGAAGAUAAAUUCUUCCGCUAUCCUCCGCGGUCAGAGGUUGGGCCACCCCCGGGUCCUCCUCUUCCUCCCGACUCGGGCUAUCCGUACUCAAGCCAACGUGAUCCUAUCAAGCCUCCAGAGCCUGUUUCUAACGCUGGACACCAAAACCCGCCACCUCCGCCUCAAAUACCAUACCCUGCGGGCCAAUACCCAUUACCACCGGCACCUAUAUCACCGCACCACAUGGGCCCGUCACUUCCACCUUACGAACAAUCACGGCCGCCCCUUCAUGCUGAUGAGGAAUACGCCAUACACCGAAACCGAUACGAUAAUACGUUAAACCGGCAUUUUGAGUCUUGGGGAUACCAGGACUGUUUAAAUAAGUUGGUGUGGACAUCAAGGACUGUUUGUAAUUUUGCUGAAGCCUACAGCAAAAUUGCUUCUGAACAACAUGGUGGACAACCUAUUCCAGAGAGAUUACCUAGUGAUCAAGAAGUAUCGAGUAUGCUCGGAAAUGUAGAGUUUAUGAAGCGUUCCCUCGAAAACCUACGGGAAUUAGUGCAGCACAGUUUGGCUACAGAAAAAGCACGGGAAGGUCGGGGAAAAGGGCCAUAUGAAGGGGAUGAUGAUAUAAGCAUGUACGGUGAUGGCAUGAAACAACCAUACGGGCUUAGUGAGGUGAAGAAGCGGCGAGGCCGCGCAGCACCUCCCGGUCGAUGUCACAGCUGCAACAGGAUCGAUACUCCCGAGUGGCGACGAGGACCAGAUGGCGCGAGGACGUUGUGCAAUGCAUGUGGGCUUCAUUAUGCCAAGCUCGAAAGGAAGCGGCAAAUGGAGCAACGGUCUAUUCGACCGAAGACGGUGGAGGAGAGAGUAUGAGCCCGAUUAUGGGUGAUUAUCAAUGCCCAGUCACAGUAUACCAUCACGAACAUCGGACAUUAUAGAAAGGAAGCCGAAAGCGGCAUACGACCCUCAUUCUCGAAAUUAUUCAAUCACUCAAGAUUCCCUAAAUACCUACUAACUCACCUUCUCGAUCAUUCGAUAUUCACCAUAUUAAAGCCAGCGAAUCUUAUCCUAUAUCGUUCCGGAAUAUAUAACGUGUGUUAAUUAUUAUACCCGAUU